GAGAGAAAACCGGAUGCGUCUGAAACUAACCGUGUUUACUGUGUGCUGUAUCUUUCUCUCAGUCAGAUCGGCACAUACCGCUUAGUUUAGGACACUAAGAGACAUUCAGCAGAUAAACUGAGCUUUUCCGGCGCCUUUUGCGCUUUUUCGUGCGUUUUGGUCUGUUUCCGUGCUGUGCACAAAGAUGAAGACACACACUAGAGUUUCACUGUUGUUACAAUUCGGAAUUUCUGCAGUCGUUUUUGCUGAGUUACCCACUCCUAGAAACAUCACUGUUCACACCCUUAACACAAAUUACAUCUUGAAAUGGCACUGGGAUCAGGGACCAGACAACAAAUCCGUUACGUUCACUGCACAGUAUCUGGCUAGGUUUAAAAUCAAGGCUCUGGGCAAGUACAACUGGACAACAGUGUGUGAGGCCACAUCAGAACACCACUGUGACUUCACAGCUGAGGACCUGUAUUACUUUGGAAUCUGGAUUUUGCGUGUGAGGGCUCAAAAUGACUUGCUUGUGUCCUCCUGGAUCCAGAUUCAGUUCUGUCCCGACAGAGAGGCUGCCAUUGGCCCGCCUUCUGCAGUGGUUGUGAGUCCUGUUAAAGGUCUCCUGCAGGUUGCCAUCUCUGACCCUCUGACCAACAAAAAUGCUUCAAUGAAAAUGUUGUUACAACAUAUGUAUUACUAUAUUCAGUAUUGGAAGGACCCUUUGGAGAGUCAGAAACCUACCAGUCUGACAACCACAAAUAACCUGGUAAUUCUGCCUGACCUGGAGAGUCGGACAUGGUAUUGUGUGAGAGUGCAGUCUCGCUAUGACUUCUAUGACAAGAUCAGCGUCUUCAGUCCCACUUAUUGUGAACAAACAGAUCGUCAGAUGUCUUAUUGGCAGAUCUUUCUGUAUUUCCUGCUGUCACUGGCGCUGAGUUUCCUGUUUGUGCUCGGGCUGUUCUUUUGCUUUUUGAAGUCUUUUAAGGUCAUCAAGAACACCUUCUACCCCUCUAUCCCACUGCCCACCCACAUACAAGAGUACCUCUGCGACUCCCCUGGUUCAGACAUGCCACACCUGCUGACCACAGAUUCUGAAGUGGAGUUCUGCUGUGACCAGCUGGAUGUCCUGACCUCUGAUGCCCUGGUCAACAAUGUCAUCAUGGAGAUCCAUGCCCCACCCCAGGAUUCUGAGCAGGACAGCAGGAACUACAGUCGUCACAACAGCGGGGACUCAGGGGUCUACUCUGCAGAGGAGUCUGGUCAGAGCAGCCAGACCUUCAGAGGAGAAGAAGUGAAGUUGGAGAAAAUGGGACUAAUAAGCUUUCAAAAGGAGGGACGGGUGGAGUCAGAUGUGCAUGUUUAACGCAGCCAAACAAAACAGCCUCCAGAUGAGAUUAAAGUAGGCUUUUGUUUUGUUGUACUUUCUUCAAACCCCCUCCCCCAACAACCCUCCACCCCAAAUCUGCUUUCUCCUGUGAGCUUAGAAGAAACGGAAAGGAAACGGAAACGGAAGAAAAGGAGGAGGUAUGAGGAUGUUUUGAUCAGUCACUGGU